GCCAGGUGGCAACGUCUUGAACUUAAUACACUUGCGUGACUAAAAUCGAAAUUAAUUUUUAUUAAGUUGUAAGUUUGGCACAAAAUAUGGCUGCAACCGCAAAUAAUACCGCAAAGACGGAGAUGAUUGAUCUCACCAAGCUCAGUCCGGACCAAUUGAUGCAAAUCAAGCAAGAGUUUGACCAGGAGAUGGGCAAUAUACAGGACUCACUGUCGACUCUGCAUGGCUGCAAAGCGAAAUACGCAGGUUCAAAAGAUGCCUUAGAAGCGUUUCAGCCCGAUUGGGAGAACCGUCAAAUACUGGUGCCGCUGACCAGUAGUAUGUACGUGCCAGGACGCAUUAAGGACCUCAACAACUUUAUCAUCGAUAUAGGCACCGGCUACUACAUCGAAAAGGAUCUAGAGGGAUCCAAGGAUUAUUUUAAGCGACGCGUCGAAUACGUGCAGGAACAGAUUGAGAAAAUCGAAAAGAUUCAACUGCAAAAAACGCGUUUCCUCAACUCUGUGAUGGGUGUGCUGGAGGUGAAACAGGCAGCUGCUGCCAAAAUGAUCCAGCAACAACAACAACAGCAGCAGCAGCCAACCAAGCAGAGCGCCUAGACAUUGAACCGUUGGAUGCGGCAACGAUAAAAGAUAAUUAAAUUAUUCAACUUAAAAACAAUAUUUGUGCAUUUAAUUAACAUAUGUAGUUUAUUAAAUUGUUCAACUAUUUUUUGGCUUCCUCCAA